UUAAAGCCACUGAUGCGCAUCGGGUCUAUGAACAACCUUACGAUAGCGUUAAUUGAAUGAACUGAAAUUCCCCUGUAAGCCACACUGGACGAGAAGCAUGUGUGUUAUGACGAUUGCGCUGGGUAGCUCCAUGGAUAGGCGAAGUCGCCAGGAGCAUUCCACCCCACCAGGAUAUGACAGACAAGCUCGAAAUAUCUUCACCUAAACAACACUAUUCACCAUGUCGGAAUAUUAUCAAUCAUAUGAGCAGUGAUAAACACCCUAUGAGCCAACCAAAGUGGAGAGAAGUGAGGGGGCAGGAGGGUAGCAGUUGGACUGCGCUUGGUAUACCUGACGUUCGCCGGAGUAGUAAGCGGUUGCUUCCUGAGGCGUCACCACCGCUUUCCCACGUCAACUACUACUAUAUCACACCCUCUUUCUUCUCUCCAUCUUCCUCUUUCCUCGCCAUCACUUAUCUCUGCUCAUCUACCCCGUCUUCUCAAACCAAAACCACUUCAAUCUUUCCAUUGAUUUUGACCUUGUCUUGUAUCUAUUAUCGAUCUUACCCUUCUCUCUCUUGUCGGUUUGAUUGUGAUUGCCUCUGGUCCACUCGGUUCGGUCUUGCGGCCAUCUGCUAUCUCCUGACCAACGCUUCCAUCACUAAACUCCCCCUCGACAAUCCCACCCUUUGCCCGUCUCCUCUACUCUCGGUCUUCAUCCCCUAGAGUCAAUGGAUGGCAGGUUGAUCAGUCUUUACUGACGAGCGAGCACUCCCGAUCCAGCUCUCGUUAGCGAUCAACAUAUGGCCAGACAACGGCCCAACAUUCACCGCCAGGACCCUCUUGAGGACUCAUCCGCUGCGCCCUCCUCCGCCACUGCCGCCAGGUAUAUUCCACAUCUCCUUGUCUUCCCUCGUCCUGUUUGAGCAGUUUGACUCGACCUCGCCUCCUUUGAUCCCUGGGUGCCCAUUCUCGUCAUCCGGCUUCCCUCCCAAAAGUCCUCCCACCAGGCCCCUCUUCCCUCAUUCA